AUGUCCCCAGACCUGAGGCUGGGCAAGCUUCAGGUGCCUAGAGAGGCUGACGAAGGAGGCAGGGCCAUCUCCGGGCGCCCGAGGAAAGGGAAGUGGCACCCCACUUCACCUGAGAGCCCGCUUCUGGACUGCAGCCCCGGGAAGGUGUUGAGCAGCGCCAGCUCCCGGAGCAAGCACUACCUGACGCACAGCCAGGAACGGACGCAUGUUUGAGGAAUCUGCAGCAAGGCCUUUAAGCGCCACAACCAACUGACUGGGCACAUGCUCCCCCACCAGAAGACCAAGCCCUUUGCAUGCAUGGAGCAGGGCUGCAGCAUGAGCUACUGUGAUGACCGCUCCCUGCACCGGCACUACGAGGUCGAGCAUGGCUUGUGUGUCCUGAAGGAGGCCCCCCCUGGGGAAGAAGCCUGUGGGGACUCCUCUCCUGCCCACGAGGUGGCCGGACAGCCUGCUGCAGAUGGCCUGCGGUCCCUGGUGCCUCCAGAAGCCAGGUCCCCAGGCUCCCUUUUGCCCAAUGAAGACCUCCUGCCCUCCACUGUGAGCGGCAUGGUCCACCAGGAGAUCUCUUCUCCUGGCCCGGUCCUGGCCGGGCCCUCAGAUGACGGGGAAGGGAAAAACACAGCCUGCCCCUGCCCACCCUCACUGGGGCCCUACCCCUGCACCCCAGCGGCCCCAGGGACCCUGGGCACUGAUGUUCCCGAGGAGUGUCAUCCCCUGUGGAAGGAGCCCGCUGCUGGGUUCACAGCCACUCACUCCAGGGUAGCAGAGGAUGGUGGUCCCGACCCAGCUGAGUCGGAGCGGCCGCCCCAGCGACCACCCACCCUGGAGAGCGGGCAGGAGGGUGGGACCCUGCCGGCCGGCCUGCCUCUGAUCCGAGGCCAGGCAGCGCCUGCCAGCGCCGAGCCAUCAAACCACAAUUUCCAGUGGCUCCAGAACCUGCCAGGCUGCCCCGAGAGCGAAGGGGACGAUGUGUUUGCCAUCCAGAAGCCCACUUCCAUGUCCCCUCAGGAGGGCUCCGAGUCUGGGCCCAGGCCCAGCAGCACCUCCCUGAUGGGGGAGCCCUCGCCCAGCGGUGGCCCCAGUUUGGAGGAUGUACUGCCCCUCCCCCCCACACUCCUGAAGGCACCUGGGGAGGCCUCAGGCCGCCCUGGAUAUGCCGGCGAGGAAGGGGACACCAGGGCUUCCAAGGAGAGCGAUUCUGAGGACUCCUGCUCACAACAGCACGUGCAGGAGCCCGCCCUCCAGGAGGCCCUGAAGCCGAGCUGGCUGUCGUCUGACGCCACGCCACUCUUCAGGCAGCUGUUCCUGAAGUCGCAGGAGUGUCUGGUGAGUCAAGAGCAGAUGCAGGUGUUCCAGAUGAUCGUCAAGUCCCAGCGGAUCAUCUCUGGCCCCCAGGUGGCUGUGGCCUCCUCCCAGCAUGCUGUGCCUGAGGGCAAGCAGGCUGCGCUGAAGCCACUGCAGGGGCCACGGCCACACCAGACCCCACCACUGGCACCCACAGUUGACUCUUUCCAUCCUGGCCCGGGAAACACAGAGGCAGAGGGAUCCCCACCCCACAAGAGAAAAACCAUGCCCGCCUACCCCAGGGAGGCCUUGCCCGGCAGCAAUAGACGGGACAUGAAGGGAGGACCAAAAGUGGCCCCUGCACCAUGGGAACCCCCUGGGAAUCCAGACGUCUCCUCUCUGGCCAAGCAGCUGAGAUCCAAGAAAGGGCCCUUAGACCUGGGGGACAUCCUCCCCACAGGGGGCUCAUGGCAGACCCAGCUAGGUGGGGACGACCCUGCUGGAGCCCAGCUCCCAGGGAAGCAGGCCUGGGCGGAGAAUGGCCUGGCCUCGGGGGCCAUGAAAGGUGCAAAGGGCCUGGCCUGCUCCCGGCGCAGAGGUCACAGGCUCAUCCCUGGCAACCCGCAGGACAAACGUUUCUCGGACUUCCAGAAGGGGAAGGUGAAAAUGGAUAUGCGCUGUGAGGCCUCUCCCAGCAAGGUGGCCAUGGCCUCCUUCUCAUUGGCCGGGCCUUCGGUGGACCCCCCGCAAGACUCAAAGUCCAAGCUGAUGAUAUCCAACAGGAUCCAGGGAGGAAAUACCUACCGACUCCCGGAUCCAGUGAAGGAGGAGAGCACGGCAGGCUGAUGUAACCAGCAAAAUGGAGGCCCUGCACACUGGGCAGAGCCAAGGAGCACGUAUAUCUGCAAGAACUGCAGCCAGAUGUUUUGUACAGAGGAAGGGCUGACCAGCCAUAUGUGUUUUCCCAACGACCAGUGGCUGUCACCUCGAGGGAACCAGUACCAGCAGGUCUCGGGCACGGAGUUUUUCAAGCCUCUGAGUCAGGUGCUGUGGGUGGAGGUGGAGGCACAGAGCCCCCCAGGAGCUGGGAAGCCCCCGGACAGCACGAGCACAGCUCCUCUGCGGAUGCCUGCGUUGGAGCCUGUGGGCCCAGUGAGCGGGCCCCCAGGGAGCACAGCCAAGGGACAGGACGGAGACCAGGAGGAGAGAGAUGGGAAGGAGACCAGCCAGCCCAGAAAACGGAGAAAGCGCCUGCAGCCCAAGGCAUCGUUCCUGCCUCCCGCCCCUUCUGCCUCUGGGGGUCCAGGCCCUGAAGAAGGCCACCAGAGCUGCCUGCAGUCUUCCGUGCUCCUGGUGGACCACUCCCUGCAGGGACUGUGCCCACGCUCUCCCGAUACACCGCCCCCGGUGCUCAGCCCCAUCCGGGAGGGGUCUGGGCUGGAUUCUAGCACUCUCUGUUCCAUGUCCACUCAGGCUGGUCCUGACAAACUCAUCAGCACUGAGCUUGAUCAAGUGGAUGACUCUUCUGGCAUCUGUGCGAUCGAGGAUGACACGGAGCUCAGCACUGAACCACACAUCAGGAUAGGAGGCGAGUUUCAGGCCGAGAUCCCGGAGCUCCAGGAGCGCCCUGCGGCCGAGCCCGUUGAACAUGGAGCUUCUCUGGUCUGGAAGCCAUGGGACGAUGUGAUGAGCAAUCCAGAAACACAGGAUAGAGUGACUGAGCUCUGCAACUUGGCCUGCUCCAGCACGAUGCCAGGAGGGGGCACCAACCUGGAGCUCGCUCUGCACUGUCUGCAAGAGGCCCAGGGUGACGUCCUGGUGGCGCUAGAGACCCUCUUACUGAGCGGACCCCAGAAGCCACCAACUCACCCACUGGCUGAAUAUCACUACGCAGGUUCAGACGUCUGGACCCCCACAGAGAAGGAGCUGUUUAAUAAGGCAUUCCAGGCUCAUAAGAACAACUUUUCCUUGAUACACAAGAUGGUCCGGACAAAGACCGUGGCCCAGUGUGUAGAAUAUUACUACACCUGGGAAAAGAGUGUCCGGUUUACUACCUCUUCUUGGGCCCCAGGAAUGGAAAAGAGGGUCAAAAGGAAGCUGGCCGAGGCAGACCCAACAGAAACAAAGGCCACGUGCAGCCCUCAGAAGAGACGCAACCACCAUCCAACCCUUGAGUUGAAGACAGAGACGGAGAGUGGCAGGGGAGAAUCCGUCAUCACCGCGAGCCCUAGUGCUGCUCCCAAGCGGACCCCUGAGCCUCCGGGGCGCGUCCAGGGCCAGGGCGCUUUUCCCUGUGGGGAGUGUGAGAGGGUGUUUGACAAGAUGUGGACUCGCUAUGCCCACAUGAAGCGGCACCGGCUUCAGGACCCCGAGGAAACAGCCGUCGGGGAGGAGCGGCCAGCGAAGGCCUUUAAGGUGGAAGAGGAGGAGAAGGAGGAGGAAGGGGAGAUGGGGGCUGACAUGGGCCCCUUGCAGGGGUGAUUUGGGCCGUGAGCCGGGGCCAGGCAGCACAUCACUGGGAUGAGGACCUCGGGCCCCGUCACCUCUCCCAUCAGCCUCCCCGAGGUGUUCAGGUCAUCCCUCUGCCUGCACCCCCACCUCCCCUGCCCCCCACUGACCAGCCCAGCUUGCAGAAUAGCUGGCAUCAGCCAACAACAGGCAUGAGAAGCGCCAUCAGCGGACACUGUGGCAUCCUCGUCAGCUGGUGCCAGAGGCCCCGGUCCCUUUACGUGUGCCCUGUGCCUUCAUACCAUAGUCUUGUAAUGGCUUGGCUCACUGUUAUUUUUUUUUGUCCAUCUGUAAACGCUAUUAAAUUUUGUUCUGAAGCAGCUGUCUUCUGGCUUCUCUGGCCUGUUGAGCCAGCAAAGGCUUUAGGGCUCCUGCCACUCGCCAGCACCCCAGAAACGCGUGAGCUGAGUCUCCGCCCUGGAGGGGCCGCGUCCUCAUGCAUUCCGGGAGCGGCCCUGAGGCGCCUGCCGCAGUGUGUGUCCGCGCCCGGUCCAUGCAGUGGGUCCACAGCGACCCAGGAGGGACCCGGGUGCUCCCCUCAGGAGCUCACAUUUUAGGAGCAGGAGAGCAGCAGGAAUAAAUAAGCAAAGACGUGACUUUAGCUACUGCUUUGGGCCCUAAGG